AAACAGGACCAUGGAAAGAACACAGGACACAGAACAGCAAUUUAAAGGAAGACGUCGAAAAGCGAGGACUGCGAACUGUCCGUGGAACAAGCGGAGAUAGUCCAUGACAAUGCAGCGGUGUUGGCACAUGAAGCGGCACGAGACGGGAGUGCGUCGGGCUACCGGAUUCCUGAUGGUGAUGCUCUGGCUCCAAGCAUCACUACGCGUCACUGAGGCAGCAAUUAUUCCGAAGCAAUCAGAGGGCCAUGAUUACCAGACAGAUGUUCAGAGAUAUGUAGCUGUCUACCCAUCGAAGAAUACGAGACGUGCUACAGAUACAGUGCGACUUCAGACUGCAGUAGGACCAGAUGGGAAAGUGGUUCCAACUUUAUAUGAGAACAAAAUUUACAUUUGGCAGACCCACACUAUCAGUGGAAACCUAUUCAAACUGGAGGACAACGGCACGUCCCUUGUUGUGUCUAAGAAAGGCCUAUACUUUGUGAAUCUGAGAAUGAGCUACUAUAUUCCUGAUAUGCAUACGUGUACGAGCAAUUUGUUUUUGAGUACCUCUAUUAAGCAGCACCAUACUUCAUACACUAAAUGGAUAGAUGUCAUAAACAGCAAAGACACGAUGCAAUGUGUGGACUACUGGCAUCAGUCUGUUACUUUAAGUCAAGUGGUCAGGUUUGGGAAAGGAACAAAGCUAAGAGUUCUCAUAGACCCAGUGAACUAUUCUUAUAUAAUUGGGGAUACCAGCACUUUCUUCAGUGUCACUCGUCUGUAGUAUGGUUCCUAAAUUUGAACCCAUAUUUUGGUGUUGAUAUUGUGUAAUGUUGGAUGAAGCUGUAUAAUAUUUUAUACAGAUUCAUCCAACAUUACAUAAUAUUAAAAAGUUACAAGUGGGUUUUUCAAACACUUAUGCGCAAAUCACAGAGCAAAAAGGAACCAUUACUUUUUAAAUAUAUAAUAUUUGUUUGCAUUUUGCUUGUUUCAGUAGAACUUUUCUGAACUACAACGUAGAAAUUCUUAUUAAAUUCCGCAACAUGUUUCCAUAAGGAAUUCAUAUACUGAAUAUCAUAUAUUGAAUGAAAAGUAAGGCCUUCUUGUUAUUAGUCUUUUAUGAUAUUAAAUGGCCCAGAAUUUUUAUGGUUUUCAUUGCCAGUUGGCGAUGGACAUGUUUUAUAUUAAAACGUCUUUUUGUGAUGAUGUUCCAUUGUGCUAAUUGACAGUUAAAUAAAAUAAAUAAAUAAAUAAA